AGAGCAAGCCAGUUACCGCUCGGCGAGUCCCGGUAGUGUUCAGACCCUCUUGGUGGUGCAGUCAGCGGUGCAGUGUUCGCACGGGCAGUUUACUGUAGUUGAGCGAAGUGUGUGGGCAUUAUCGCAAGGAGAAACGCCGAACACGAGUGCAUUCUCCAGUAAUGCCGAUGACUUCAAAAAACAAAUAAACGUCACGGAGAUUAGGUUUUCACUUGCCGGUCCGCAAGAGAAGCGCUCCCCCUUUUUAAAAACUGGAGUAAAGCUCAAACCGAAUUGUGCUUUGCAGUAGAAGAAAUUAAAAAAAAAGAAAAGAAAAGACCGGCGGGAAUGGCUUCAUCUCCUUGCGGCAGUAGUAGCUUUGAUUCCGGGCUAGAGAUCAAAACGCGCUCGGUGGAACAGACUCUCAUUCCCCUUGUUUCUCAGAUUACUACCCUGAUCAACCACAAAGACAAACCAAAGAAGUCUGAAAAAACACUGAGAGCCAUUCAGAGAGUGGGGCAGGCUGUCAAUGUCGCUGUGGGCAGGUUUGUCACCGUUGGGGAGGCCAUCGCCAUGGAGAACGAGGAUCUCAAGGAGGAAAUGAAUUUUGCCUGCUACGAAGCACGACGAGCAGGAGACAGCAUUGCUCAGCUCACAGAUGUUGUCAGCUCCGAGCAUCCGGAGUCGGAUGGACGGUCGACGAUCUUCAGCGACAAAACCGGGAUGGUAAAAGCAGCACGGAUGCUGCUCUCCUCUGUGACCAAAGUCCUGGUAUUGGCUGACAGAAUCGUUAUCAAACAGAUCGUUACUUCCCGGAACAAGGUUCUCACAACCUUGGAGCAGUUGGAGAAGGUGGGCAGCUUCCAGGAGUUUGUGCAGAUCUUCAGUCAGUUUGGGAACGAGAUGGUGGAAUUUGCUCAUCUAACAGGAGACAGACAGAAUGAUCUGAAAGACGAGAAGAAGAAGUCAAGGAUGGCAGCAGCAAGGGCAGUCCUGGAAAAAUGCACUAUGAUGCUUCUCACUGCUUCUAAGACGUGUCUGAGACACCCAGAUUGUGAGUCAGCACGGAUUAACAAGGACGCAGUGUUCCACCGUAUGAGAUUUGCCCUGGAGCAGGUGAUUGAGAUUGUGACAGAUGCCAGGCCCAAUGGAGAGACUGAGGUCCAGACCAUCAGCAUCUACACAGGCAUCAGGGAUUUCAAGAACAAAGUAGAGGGCCUGCGGGAGGAACAGUACUCCAUGUCACAAGAGAGCCUGUUGGCGAUACUGGAGGGUAUCCUGGAGCACACAGAGGACUUCACAGAUUCAGCCUACACCAGCCAUGAACACCGGGAAAGAAUCCUUGAGCUGUCUCAGUUGGCCAGGCAGGAGCUGGAGCAGCUCGUCACAGUGUGGAUUCAAGCACAGCAGUCCUAUAAAGUCAAAGAAGUGACAGAGGAAAUGGAGCUGUCCAUUCUUAAAACCUGUCAGAGUCUGAAUGAGCUGAGGAGAGAGCUUCACAAGGCCGCAGUGGGGCUGGCGGCUGACCUCUUGAAGUACCACGCAGAUCAUGUUGUGCUGAAAGCCUUGAAGGUUUCUGGAGGGGAGGGCAACCUGGAGACCGUGGCUGAAUACUCCUGCAAACUGACUGAGCAGAAGGAGCAGCUGGUGGAGACCUGUCGAUUACUGCGGCACGUUUCAGGAACGGAACCCCUAGAGAUAACCUGCAUACAUGCAGAAGACACCUUUCAGGUUAUAGGCCCACAGAUCAUUUCUGCUGCACAAACGCUGGCCCUCCACCCAUCCAGCAAAAUUGCAAAAGAGAACCUGGAUGUAUUUUGUGAAGCCUGGGAGUCUCAAUUAAACGACAUGUCCAUCCUUCUGAGAGAAAUCAAUGAUGUGUUUGAAGGACGGAGAGGAGACAAGCGAACAUACUUAUCAUUACCCAGACCUGGGAAACACUCAGCGAACCUGAAGACAGUAAAAGCAGUCAAGCUAGACGCUGAGGAGCAGAGCACUAUAGCUAAACUUGGCCUUGAAUUACGGCUGCUGACCUCUGACGUGGACUCUGAGAGUGACAAAUGGGAGGACCAGGAGCACGAGAUUGUGCGUCAGGGCCAGAGCAUGUCCAGUAUGGCUUAUUCUAUGUAUCUCUUCACCAGAGGGGAGGGUCUCCUGAAGACAACCCAGGAUUUAUUCCACCAAGCUGAGGUGUUCUCUGAAGAGGGGUUUAAACUGUGUUCUACACUCCAGGCUUUCUCAUCUCAGCUGGGAGAUGAUGAGAAAUCUCUCAUUGUAUCGGAGAAAGAGAAGCUUGGAGCCUUAUGUCAGCAACUGCAGGUCACUGCAAAAACACCUGUACAAGGCAAGAAUGCAACUUUCAUGAAGGUUGAUUCAUCUAUUCAGAACACCAAAAACAUCAUGACAGUGGUGGUGUAUCUCCUUCCUGUUUGUUAUAAGUUAAUCAGAAAGUACAUGUCUGAGAAGAGCAGUCUGGGAUCCCCUCAGAGUUGGAGAGAGAAACAGCUGCCAACACCUGUUAAUGAAGAUGCUCUCGAUAGAAAGAAUGCCAAUGGCUUCGGAGUAAAAUCGCUGGAACACCACAUGUCCAACCUCACUUUUCUUGAGAGCAAGUAACACUGCCCACCUGGACUAAAUUAAGCUUUUAUGGUUGUUGAGAUUCAUUAGCAAAGCUCCUUCAUCAACCUCCCAAAUAAGCUAGACAUUCCCAGCUGCCUCCUUUCGGUGUAUACCACCUGGCACUCACAGAAAGAAUGUCAUUAAAAGACAUUACAGAGCUCCGCCGAGGAAAAUACAAACUGGCAUCGCUGUGCAUCAUUUCAGUGCUUUUUGAUGUGAUUUUAGCCUUCAUCGAAUAGAUUUGUAGAAAUUAAAAAAAACACAAGGAAAAUAACUCAAAACAGUGCGUGUUUUGUGGGUGGAAAAAGCCUAAUGGAAACUACAAAUUAGAAUUAAGGGCAGUAAGACUGGGUUCUACUCACAAAUAUUCAGCCGUGUACAGUAAUGACAAGCAACCCCUGAUUACAUUGAUCUUAAACUACCUAGUGUUGUUUACAGAAAGGUAGUUCAAGGUAAGUGCCUGUCAAGGUUUUUGAAAAGAGCACAUCAUUUUAAA